AGCGGAGGGAGGGAGGGAGGCGGGAGGAGGGGAGCAGAGCUCCGCAAGUCUUGGGCUCUGCUUGGAGGUUGCGUUUGGCUGGCGUCCCCGACCCCGGGCUUUUUGCACGGCAGCUCUCUCUGCGCAGCGCCAGGCAGCCGUAGUUGCUCCGCGGCGCGACUCCGCGGCCUCGUGGCGAGCGCGCGUGGGCGAGUGGCCGCGGACACUCUGGCCUCGCGAGGGAAGCCGCGCCGCGCCCUCGCCCCGUCGCCCCGCGGGCCGGCCGAGACGACGGGAAGUUUUAUUUGCAGCUCAGAGCCUGUGGCGGAUGGUGGGACUCUCCGGCCCUGUGCAGUCUGGCGGAGAGAAUUUACAUUUAAAGAUUAGCAGAGUGAGAAAGAGAAAUCUGCCUUUUGUUGUGCGGGGUGAGGAGGAGGCAUACCCUGGCCUUGACGCUAUCUCCCAUCACCUCUGCUAUCCAGACAGGACUCACCGAGAUCGUACUGAGAAGCACUCCACAAUGCCAGACUCACCUGUGGAUGUGAAGACGCAAUCUAGGCUGACUCCUCCAACGAUGCCACCUCCCCCAACUACUCAAGGAGCUCCGAGAACCAGUUCAUUUACACCGACAACAUUAACUAAUGGCACGAGCCAUUCUCCUACAGCCUUGAAUGGCGCCCCCUCACCACCCAAUGGCUUCAGCAAUGGGCCUUCCUCUUCUUCCUCCUCCUCUCUGGCUAAUCAACAGCUGCCCCCAGCCUGUGGUGCCAGGCAACUCAGCAAGCUGAAAAGGUUCCUUACUACCCUGCAGCAGUUUGGCAAUGACAUUUCACCUGAGAUAGGAGAAAGAGUUCGCACCCUCGUUCUGGGACUAGUGAACUCCACUUUGACAAUUGAAGAAUUUCAUUCCAAACUGCAAGAAGCUACUAACUUCCCACUGCGACCUUUUGUCAUCCCAUUUUUGAAGGCCAACUUGCCCCUGCUGCAGCGUGAGCUCCUCCACUGCGCAAGACUGGCCAAACAGAACCCUGCCCAGUACCUCGCCCAGCAUGAACAGCUGCUUCUGGAUGCCAGCACCACCUCACCUGUUGACUCCUCAGAGCUGCUUCUCGAUGUGAACGAAAACGGGAAGAGGCGAACUCCAGACAGAACCAAAGAAAAUGGCUUUGACAGAGAGCCUUUGCACUCAGAACAUCCAAGCAAGCGACCAUGCACUAUUAGCCCAGGCCAGCGGUACAGUCCAAAUAACGGCUUAUCCUACCAGCCCAAUGGCCUGCCUCACCCCACCCCACCUCCACCUCAGCAUUACCGUUUGGAUGAUAUGGCCAUUGCCCACCACUACAGGGACUCCUAUCGACACCCCAGCCACAGGGACCUCAGGGACAGAAACAGACCUAUGGGGUUGCAUGGCACACGUCAAGAAGAAAUGAUUGAUCACAGACUAACAGACAGAGAAUGGGCAGAAGAGUGGAAACAUCUUGACCAUCUGUUAAACUGCAUAAUGGACAUGGUAGAAAAAACAAGGCGAUCUCUCACCGUACUAAGGCGGUGUCAAGAAGCAGACCGGGAAGAAUUGAAUUACUGGAUCCGGCGGUACAGUGACGCCGAGGACUUAAAAAAAGGUGGCGGCAGUAGCAGCAGCCACUCCAGGCAGCAGAGUCCCGUCAACCCAGACCCAGUUGCACUAGACGCGCAUCGGGAAUUCCUUCACAGGCCUGCGUCUGGAUACGUGCCAGAGGAGAUCUGGAAGAAAGCUGAGGAGGCUGUCAAUGAGGUGAAGCGCCAGGCGAUGACGGAGCUGCAGAAGGCAGUGUCUGAGGCGGAGCGGAAAGCCCACGACAUGAUCACGACAGAGAGGGCCAAGAUGGAGCGUACCGUUGCCGAGGCCAAACGGCAGGCGGCAGAGGAUGCGCUGGCAGUUAUCAAUCAGCAGGAGGAUUCAAGCGAGAGUUGCUGGAAUUGUGGCCGUAAAGCGAGUGAAACCUGCAGUGGCUGUAACACAGCCCGAUACUGUGGCUCAUUUUGCCAGCACAAAGACUGGGAGAAGCACCAUCACAUCUGUGGACAGACCCUGCAGGCCCAGCAGCAGGGAGACACACCUGCAGUCAGCUCCUCCGUCACGCCCAACAGCGGGGCUGGGAGCCCGAUGGACACACCACCAGCAGCCACUCCGAGGUCAACCACCCCGGGAACCCCUUCCACCAUAGAGACAACCCCUCGCUAGACGUGAACUCAGAACUGUCGGAGGAAAGACAACACAACCAACACGAAACCAAUUCCUCAUCCUCAGAUGCUCAAAGUUGUUUUUUUUUGUUUGUUUGUUUAUUAGAUGAAUUAUCCUAUUUCAGUACUUCAGCAAGAGAGAACCUAACUGUAUCUUGAGGUGGUAGUAAAACACAGAGGGCCAGUAACGGGUCGUAAUGACUUAUUGUGGAUAACAAAGAUAUCUUUUCUUUAGAGAACUGAAAAGAGAGCAGAGAAUAUAACAUGAAAUGAUAGAUUUGACCUCCUCCCUGUUAUU